AUGCCGCCAAAGACGUCAUCUUUGGAUAGAUUUACCGCCGAGUCCCUUGGCGAACUGCUCGAUCAAAAGGUCUUCAGUCGCAUCACCCCUCGGGACUACCUAGAAGGUGCAACAAAGGAGAAGUUCGGUUCUCGUGAAAAGGCCGUGCUAGCCCUUGCUCUUGCUAGAUGUCUGAUGGACUUCUUUGACGAGGACCUCGAACUAGCCUCGUAUAGUUGGAAACCGGAAAGCAUAUAUUUUCUGCGCUCUUCCGACACCAAUGCGAGUAGCCGUGUCCCGUAUAUUUCGCUCAGGCCGAAAGCUUCGUCGAGCCCCAAAUACCCCGAUUUACUGAAGGCAGUUGGACCUGGAAACCCGAUAUUUCUUUCCUUUGCUAGGCUUCUGCUAGAAAUUGAUAAUGGCGAGCAGAUUCCGAUGGAUAUACACCCUGAAAGCAAGGCUAAUGUGUCUAACUGGGGUGAGAUGUGUGCCUACGUUAACGUGGCAGAAAGAGACGGGAGCAGCAGCUACCUUAAAGCUGUUGAAGGAUGUCUGUAUCUGCACAUGGCCCUGCCAAGAUCACAAGAUCAAACAAUCACUUCUGCUGGUGAGGUAUUGAGGAAGGUCAUUUACGACCAAAUAGUCCGGAAUCUUGAGCUCAUGGUGAACCCCCAGAUUUCAAAACGAAAACGACGAGAUUCAGUGUCAGACCUUCCGCUGGCGAAAAAACUUUCAAUCUCGUCGCCUCCACAUGUAAAUUCACAAGAGGUGCUACCCUGUCGUGCCAUCAACCCGCCCGGCAAGAAGUAUGUACGCCCUGCUAGCCGCGAUGAUUUUGGCAUUGCGAUAGUAUGCGCAUUGCCGCUUGAGUAUGAUGCCGUGUCUUUACUCAUCGACGAAUAUUGGGACGAGGAGUGCGACCACUAUGGCAAGGCCGAUGGAGACUUGAACGAGUACGCCACGGGACGAAUGGGAGAUUCCAACAUCGUUCUUGUACUUCUUCCGGGAAUGGGUAAAGUCAGCGCGGCUGGCACAUCCGCCAGUCUUCGAUCCAGCUAUCCGAGACUGAGGCUCAUCUUUUUGACUGGGGUCUGCGGCGGCGUACCGCAUCCGAAACCAAACAAAGAGCUUCUCCUCGGCGACGUAGUCCUUAGUAAGGGUAUCAGGCAAUACGAUCUUGGCAGGCAAUACCCCGACGAGUUCGUGGUGAAAGAUACCGUGGAAGAUAGCCUUGGUAGAGCCCCUAAGCACAUACGCAGCUUGCUUGCUAUAUGCGAGACAAAACUGAGCCGUGGCAGAUUAGAGCGGAGUGCUGCCAUUCACCUCCAGAAAAUCCAGAGCAGCCCUUCUCAGAGGUGGGACAGAGAACAAUACCAGUAUCCAGGAGCCGCCGAAGAUAAACUCUUCCGGCCAGAUUACAGGCACAAACACCAUGUCUCUUCCUAUUGUCUCUGUGCAGAAAGUCACGAAAGCUAUGUGUCCAUAUGCAAGGAAUCCAGGGAUUUGUCUUGUGAUGAUCUCGGAUGCGACAAUGACUAUCUGGUACCGCGGAAGCGUCUCGAGCUCAAGCGAAAGCUAGAGCAAGAAGGGCGUAGCCAGGAGGCCCAAGCCCCUUCAAUAUUUGUUGGGCGUAUAGGGUCAGGUGAUACGGUAGUGAAGUCUGGCGAAGACCGUGACAGGAUUGCCAAGAGUCACGGUGUCAUUGCAUUCGAGAUGGAAGGCGCAGGUAUAUGGGACGAGUUACCCUGCAUUGUGGUCAAGGCUGUUUGUGACUACGCGGAUAGCCACAAGAACAAGAUUUGGCAAGACUUUGCCGCCGCGACGGCAGCAUCUGUCACAAAGGCGCUCCUGGAACGAUAUAUUCGAAUUGAUAACUCAUCAAGAGCGUAA